AUAAGAGACGAAAAAAGAAGCAAAUAGGAUGAGCCGUGCGUGUUCCACCAUAUCCAUUUGGAUAAUCUACCAAAACAUUCCACAAAAAUUUCUCUUCUACGUUUAUUUUUAAAUAAAUAAACCUUAAGCUCAAUCAAACUUCAAACAAUAAAUUAACAAAAAAGAGGGGGGGACAUAAGCACACGCAAAGGAGCUAGCUAAGCGGAGGAUGAUAGCAGGGAAAACCUGUUAUGUUUGAUUGAAGUGUUUGUUUAGUGAUCGUCAAUAUGAGAAUGUUGCCUGUUUGCUCAGCCACAUCUUCCCAGAUUCCCUUGUUUGGGGGAUUACACCCAAUUCGAAAGGAUCUUGAGAGCAGAUGUGUGGGGGAAGAAGGUUUGCAUCUGGCUUCACAAUAUGGAACACAUUCACUGAGAAAUUCAUUUACAGUGCAAGCUACAAAGACGGUCUUGGCUAGUUUUUCCUCACCAACUGAAUCAGGAUAUCUUACAAGCACAUGGGGUUAUUCACCAGUGACAACAGAUGGGUAUCAUUCACUUAGUAAUGGGGAAGUCACACACAUGGAGAGUUAUCAUUUAUCUUCUGUGGACUUUGCAGAACAGGCACCGACACCACCAGAAACACUAUCAAGUACUGAUAUAAUGCCAGAGAAGUUUGCACCAAGUCCUAGUUCAAUUAAUGUGGACAAUGAAUCGUUAACCAGUACAAAAGCAAGUGUUGGAGACGUUUUCGCUGGGAUCAAUGAAUCAUUCAAUGCCUCAAUCAAUAAGGGGGAAGAUGCUUUACGAAGCUCAGUGGAUACAGCCACUUCUUUUGUAGAUUCUAUUGUUAAAACUGCUAAUGAAUCUAUAGACAACGCUUUUGGUAAGGCAUUUUCGGCUGUUGAUCAAACAGGGGAAUUAGCAAAUAAGAAACUUACCAGCUUUUCAAGUGAGCUGGGUGGAGUCACAAAUAAAGUACCUGCUGUGGCUAUUGAUGUGUUGCGCCGCACAAUUGUAGUAGUAGAGAGUUCUCUAACAAGUGGGGCUUCCUAUGUUAUCUACCUAUAUGGGUCUGCCAAGGAGCUCCUUCCUGCAGGAAUUAGGGAUACAGUCAAUGUAUAUGAAGACAAAGCAACAGAAAUCUUGAGGCCUGUUGGGUCCGCAACGGAAAGGAUAUACAUGGCUGUCUAUUCAUUGGAGAAGGGUCUCGGCUUGGAUCCAAAUGACCCAAUUAUUCCAUUUAUUGUUUUUGUAGGCUCUUCAGCCACAUUAUGGGCCUUUUAUUGGUUGUGGACAUACGGAGGUUACUCAGGAGAUUUAUCCCCUAAAUCAGCUUUGGAGCUUUUGGCUGAGGACUCAAAUGCUGCACUUAUUGAUGUCCGCACCGAGGAAAUGCGAGAAAAAGAUGGCAUUCCUGAUCUUCGACGGGCUGCUCGGUUUCGUUAUGCAAGUAUAAUUCCACUUGAGGUUGAUGGCUCCAUACGCAAGUUGUUGAAGAGUGGUAGAGAUCUCGAUGACUCCUUGAUUGCUGCUAUUAUUCGAAAUUUGAAGAUUGUUAAGGACAGUUCCAGGGUUAUUGUGUUGGAUGCUGAUGGUACUCGUUCUAAAGGCAUUGCAAGAUCCUUGAGGAAAAUUGGAGUCAAGAAUCCAUACGUGGUUCAAGGUGGCUUUCAGUCUUGGACUAAUCAAGGUGUCCGCAUCAAGGAGCUCAAACCAGAGACAGCACUUUCCAUACUCAAUGAGGAAGCUGAAGCAAUUCUGGAGGAUGUUAGGCCUUCUCCUUUGCAACUUUUAGGUUAUGGUACAGGACUUAUUGCAGGGCUGUAUGCAUUAUUAGAGUGGGAGAAGACAUUACAGUUAAUUGGUACAUUUGGCCUCGGUUUGACCAUAUAUUUGCGGGUUUCUUCAUAUGAAAACUCAGAAGAUCUAAGACAAGAUGUGAGGUUGUUGCUUGCUCCUAUUAGACUUGGAGCUCAAGCAUUUUCAUGGGCUGCUGGAAAAUUAGAAUCCAAUGGCUUAGGAUUACCUACAUCCCCUUCAUCAUUAGAUGUUCAGAAUCGGGUGUUGCAGGCUGCUGCCAAACAUGAAUCCCAACCAUCUGAUAGUGAAGGAAACCAAGAUCCAGUUACGGAGUCUACUGUUCCUCUCAAUCAGAAUGUAUGAGAUCAUUCCAGAUUGUCAUGUGCUAACAUGUGAAGCAGAACAGAGAUUACUAUGGUCACAGCAAAUUAACUUCCAUGACUGAAAGUUUGCAAGUUGACUUUAUCCAACCUUUGCCAAACACUAUGCUGCCACGUAACUCGUCUCUACCCUGCCUGUAGCCAUUUCGAAAAUAUGGAGAAAAAAAAAUUCACAAGGAUGAUUAUGUUUUUGUUGCAUGCAUGCCAGGCCACAUUGCUUGGUACAUUUUCCAUAGUCGAAAUAAUAAGAAUGUAACUAUUUGCGUGAUGUAAAUUGUACUAAAAAUUGUGGUGGUGCAACUUACUGUAUCGCAAACUAAUCCUUCAAUAAACUCGUUGCAGUUUGGUCUUCUAU